GAUGCCAAUUGUCAAAACAACGUUUCUAUCUUUCAAUUUUUAUUAAUUUAUUCCGAAAAAUCUCGAACGAUUAAUUAUCCACUUAUACUUACAGCAUAAUAUCUGCAACGCUAUGUUAUUUUUGUUAACUGCUGUAUUGCACUCCUAAAAAAUGGCGGCAUCGCCACGGACCCCACCAACAUCUCAGUGGCAAGUUGGCGAUCUGGUACGAGUGGAAGGUAAAGAUUGUGAAGGGAAGAUCGCCUUUAUCGGGGAAACUAAAUUUGCGUCGGGCAUCUGGAUGGGUGUCAUGCUUCGUGAACCGAAAGGGAAAAAUAAUGGCACGGUUAAGGACGUGAAAUAUUUUGAAUGCGAGGAAAACUGUGGAACGUUCGUCCGCGAAAGUCAGGUAUUUGCGUUGACGAGCGAACGAAGAGGAUCUUCGGCCACCUCAUUGACUGGCUCCACAACAUCACUGCAGAGUUUGACUGAGAAGUCUGGAGGCUCAACGCCGUCCGAAGCCCAUACGACAAAAACGGAUAAGACUGCCGCCAGACCGAGUGUUAAGGGAUCUGCUGCGAAAGGUGCACUGCCUGCGCCGUCCCAGAGCGCCUCCAGAGUGCCUGCGCCUGGAUUGAAAGCGCCGCGUCCUUCCGCAUCUAUCCCUUCUGGUCUUUCCUCCGUUUCCGCAACCGAGUCGAGCAGCAAAAAACUUCCGACCUUUGCCCCUGUACUAGCCUCUGCCGUCGCCGCAGUUGAUUCUUCGCCACCGUUAGAGCAGCCGAGUUCGCCAGCCAAGAAUGAUCUCCCCAAGGAAGCUCCUCUCUCUUCCAGAGAGAUCUCCCAACCAGUCACAGCGACAGAACGCAAAGGAUCCUUGAAAACUGAAACUUCAAUCGACGCUUCGACGGUUAGCGAGACGGAAGCCGCACGCCCUGAACCAAAAGAGAUCGCGGUUGAUAUUCACAGAUUAAAACGGGACUAUGAGUCGGAGAACAACAAACUACGUCUUCAAAUCGAGCAUCUCGAGAUCAACAAGCAAAAAAUGGCAGAAGCUCAUGGUGAGCUGCAGAAACAGUUGCUCGCUGCUCAGAAAGAAAUUCGUGAGGUCAAAGAAGCGGCGUCCACCCAGGAGGAUCUGACUGAGCUUCACGAAAACAUUGAGAUGUUGACCCUUGAUCGCGAGAUGGCGGAAGAAAAACGAGAACAGAUGGAACGGGAAUUAGAGGAUCUCAAAAUGAAAUACGAGGAUAAAUGUCUGGAUUUGGAGAUGUUACAGCAUCAGGUAUCUGAGGGAGGGCAUGGAGAAGCGUCCACGAACAUGAAAGUUGUGCAGCUAGAGAAGCAAAAACAGGAUUUAACAGAAGCCCUUUACAAGCUUCGAGAUUUGCUGGAUGGAAAAAAAUAUGACGUGCAACGGUUGGAAAAGGAUUUGAAGGCAGCGGAGGAACGAAACGAUGCCCUUACUGUUUCGGUCGAAAGACACCAGAGGGAAAUUGCUACUAAUGAAGAACUUCUAGUGAAUCUUCGUGAGCAGGUUGAUGCUGCUUUGGGUGCGGAAGAGAUGGUUGAGCGUUUAGCUAACCAAAAAUUAGAUCUGGAAGACAAAAUCGAAGAACUACGGGAUACGGUGAAGGAUUACGAGGAGAUAAUGGCUAUGAAUAAUGAGCUGAUUGAGCUAUCACGAAGUGAUGAGCGGCACACCCACGAGCAGUUGGAUAUGGCUCGAUCCGAAAGUUCAAUUCUGAAAUUGCGAUUAGUGGAGCUGCAACAGAAUUUGAAUGAUACCAGCCAGACGGUGCAUAAAUUCCGUGAUUUGACGAAACAGCUGCAGGAAGAAAACAAUCGUAUGCGCGAGCAACUGCAACUGAGUGCUAACACACCAACCCAAGCUGCUGUGGUGCCGGCAUCGGUCGAUUUCCGCCUGAAAAUCCAGGACGACAAAGUUAAUGCCGAACGAGUGGAUAGGAAAAUCCUGAUGAUCAAAGAGAAGAUGCUGCAGCAGGAGCAAGCCUAUUUAAUGUUGUUCAUGCCUGACAUAUUCGCCAUCAGCCGUGAAGACAGUUUUAUCCGUAUCUGUGUUUUACCGGAACUGAUUGGUUUGAAACUGCGUUUGAUUGAAGAAGAAGUACAAAUGAAAUUUGAAGUUCCGACUGCUGUCGAUUUAUCUGCUGUUCAAAGCUUUGAUGCUCAUCGUCGGGAUGAAGUCGCCUAUGCGUCGUAUUUUAAUUUCCUGCUAAAGAUUCUAGAGGCGAAUGACCGAGAUAUCGACUAUGCGAUUCGCACCGCUCCGGCCGAAGUUUUCGGUAUGUUAAAUGAUUUAGAAGGCCGGGUGGAGCGUCCAGAGAAAGCCAUCCAGUACUAUAUCGAUCAGUUGCGCCAGAGUCGCUUGGAUGACACGAUCAGUCUCGAAUACCUGGAGACCUCAACCAAAGAUAUGGACGAUAUUUUAGAACGGUUGAAUGCGGUGGAAGCCAGUGCUCGCAGCAGUAUGGAUAAAAUGAAAGAUGUCAUGGAUAUUAUUGCUUUCGGGAUGAAAUCGAUUGCAGCCAGCGCGCUGGGGCUGAAGUUGUUGGCGGGCGAUACGGCUCCAGAAUUUUCCAAAUUGUUUAUGGAAUUUGCUAAUAAAUCCGAAAUUGUAACAGAUAUUGUGCGCAAGGUGAAGCGACCACUGGACACCGACAAUGAACUGCGCGCAGUGAUGCUUUCGGAAACUGUCGAUGCGCAGCUGAAAGAUAUAGUGAACAAUCUGCACCGAUGUGUGGCACUGUGUUAUUUGUGGUAUCAGACCGUCAACACGCAGAGCGCGGUUCACGCCAGUGAUAAACCACCGUUGGAUAAUGAGCACUUGAAGCGGAUUCUGUACGCGGAAAAUGAUAAAGGAUCAUUCCGGGCACAGACAGGAUUUUAUAAGACCACCACAACGUCACCACAACAGACUAUGUUGAACUUCAUGGAGGAAACCACUGGAACGCUGCAACAGUUUUUUAAAGAAAUCAACGACGGAGAGUGGCAUCGGGGUGGUGUUAAACUUCCGGAGAUGCCUAAACAUCCACUAAAGGUUCGUGCGGAAACGUUGAAGAAGGCGCUAGCCGAUGCGGAAGCACUGAAGAGCAGAUUAGCUACAAAGGAUGAGGAGAUCAUCGAACUUAAGAAAAAUUUGCGAUCGAAAGUGGAGGAAAUCAGCGAAUACCGCCUGCGCCGUGAUAUGACCGAGCGAAAACUGGAAACUGCAUCAAAAACGGAAGAAGAAAAAUUGUCCAAGUUGCAGGUGCAAAUUCUCGACCUGACCAGUAAACUGCACAAGGUACAGAACGAGUACGACACGGAAACCGCUCAUCUGCGUAUUCAACUGGAACAGUCAGAAGCGGAUAAGAAACAAAUGGACGAAAAGUUGAAACAGACCAGCAAACGCUUCCUUGAGAUAUCGCCUCGUAAAACACCCGGCGGAGUUAGUACGAGUGGUUAUCCAUCGGAUGGGCAGAUCGAUGUACUGCGUCAAAUUAAUUCUUCCUUGAGGGCGGAAAUUAUCAAUCUUAAAGGACAGCAAAUUAAACGGGAUUUGGAUCAAUUACUUCCACCGCUCAAACUCCCGUCGCGAGCAGUUCGAGAUCCUUUUACCGAGCGUCUGAAUAAGCUGAAACGCCAACAGAUGGAACUGGAAACGGAGAAACGGAUGCUGUUGGCUAAAACUGUUGUUGAUUUAAGUAAACCAAAGGAGGAGCGGGACCGGCUAAGGAAGUUUAGGAGGACAAUGGAUGCCGAAUUGCAGUUGAAAUUAAGAAAGAUUCAGACGGAGAUUUCGGAACUUUCUGGCCCCGGACGAUUUUUCGAAGAUCUUACUCUCACGGAUUGAGCGUUCUGUGUGUCGUUUAGUAAUUUUCUGGAUAGGAAGGCUACCGUUUUUAACCCAGUGAUGAAAGACGAAUGCGUUUUAUUGUUUCUAAACCGUACUACGCGCUGGAUUAUUUUGUAUUUGUACUUCAAGUUUUUAUUUGAAUUUUUAUUUGACGAACAUCGAAUGCGUCUGUAUAAAGCUGCUGUAAGCGGUAUUGCAGUGAUCUUCAUUAAGCUGUUUGCAAUUCAUAAUAAAAUAUGCGACUUUCA